ACGCAGCAGCAGCAGCAGCAGGUAAGUCAGUGUGUGUGUGUGUGUGUGUGUGUGUGUGUGUGUGUGUGUGUGUGUGUGUGUGUGUUGACGGCACAUUGCUGCACUGGCGACGAGAAGCUGAGCAUCCUUUCAGCAAAGGGCGACGCGGGGAGGAGAAAGGCAUCUCGUAUCGUUUCCCAUCGAUGUGGAUGACCGCGACACCGACCAAGUGAUCUCCUGCAGGGGACCAACAGCUCUCUCUCUCUCAGGUUUAUGGAAACCUGACCUCCCCAUUGGUGGAGAAGUGCAUGAGGAACCCAGCUCGGCUGCAGAGGACAGGUUUAGUCAUUAGAGUGCUUUGCCACAUCCAGGAAAAUGUCUGGCUCCUACGAUGAAUGUGCAGUUGCUGACGACACCAUGGACAGCUUCUGGGAGGUGGGGAACUACAAACGUGCCGUCAAGAGAGUCGACGACGGCCAUCGGCUCUGCAAUGACCUCAUGGGCUGCCUGCAGGAACGCGCCAAGAUCGAGAAAGCGUACGGCGAUCAGCUGACUGCGUGGUCCAAGAGAUGGAGACAGCUCAUUGAGAAAGGCCCACAGUACGGCUCCGUGGAGAGAGCCUGGCUGGGUGUGAUGACCGAGGCGGAAAAGGUGAGUGAGCUACACCAGGACGUGAAGAACAACCUGACGAACGAGGACGUGGAGAAGGUGAAGAACUGGCAGAAGGAAGCCUAUCACAAGCAGAUGAUCGGCGGCUUCAAGGAGGCCAAGGAGGCGGACGAAGGCUUCAAGAAGGCUCAGAAACCGUGGGCCAAAAAGCUCAAGGAGAUGGAGGCAGCGAAGAAGUACUACCACAUGGCCUGCAAGGAGGAGAAGCUGGCCGCGGCCCGCGAGGCCAACGGCAAGACGGAGGCUUCUGUCACAGCAGACCAGCAGAAGAAACUGCACGAGAAAGUGGACAAAUGCAAACAGGAUAUGGGGAAGGCUAAAGAAAAGUACGAGAAGUCUCUGGAGGAGCUGAACAAGUGCACCCCGCAGUACAUGGAGUGCAUGGAGCAGGUGUUUGACCAGUGCCAGCAGCAUGAAGUCAGGAGGCUGACCUUCCUCAAGGAGGCCUUGCUGGACAUCAAACGCCAUCUUAACCUCACCGAGAACCCGAACUAUGCCACGAUAUACAGAGAACUGGAGCGCACCAUCCUGUCUGCAAACACACAAGAGGACCUGAAGUGGUUCAGCAACAACCACGGCCCUGACAUGCAUAUGAACUGGCCUGCAUUUGAGGAAUACAACCCAGACCAGGCCGCUGCUCCCCCAAAGAAGAAGAAACCAGACGGAGCCCCACCCACUCCGAGCACCGACCAUGUGGCUCCACCUGGUGACCGGAGCAGUGUGAGCAGCUAUGAAAAGAACCAGGCUUACUCGACCGAGUGGUCCGACGAUGAGCAGCCCGCCACGUUGUCCGGCAAUGAAAACGGCGGCGGCAGCGGCGGCAACGGCAACUCUUUUGAAGAGGACUCCAGCUCUGGGAAAGGAGUCCGUGUCCGCGCUCUCUAUGACUACGAAGGCCAGGAGCAGGACGAGCUCACCUUCAAAUCAGGUGACGAACUGACCAAGACCGAGGACGAAGACGAGCAAGGCUGGUGUCGAGGUCGCCUGGACAGCGGCCGAGAGGGACUGUACCCGGCCAAUUACGUCGAGCCCAUGUAGUCACGUUCCUGGACAAGGACACGCCAUUGGAGGCAGCUUGAACUGUCCCGUCCAAUCGCAUCGCACAUAGCCAGAGACUUAAGAGCAACACAUCCCUUGCCCAACAGAUGCGCCAAGCCUAAAUAAAAACUUAGUAACCUAAAAGACAAUAUAUCAAUAUAAUAUAUUUUAUCCAGCAUUUGGGGUGGGUGGACUUACACAUUUAGAAAACAGGAGCAGUAUAUACACACUCGACUAUAACAUCAAGGCAGUGCAGGAACACAUUGCUUCUCUGUGUAGCUGCAUUUAACAUAUAAUGCAGCUUAUUUAAACUUGCAGUACACUGCAGUCUGUUCACUUGUGAAUGAUGGGAAGAUAAUAUAAUCAGUUACGCCCAUUCGACAAAGACGAGCUUCUCUAACCUGCAUUGUGUACAUACGGUGUGAUGCCAUUUUUUUUUUGUGUGUAGCAUUUUUUAAUGCUGUGUGUGUGUGUGUGUGUGUGUGGUCAGUCGUCAUUCUUACAGCUGGAAUGCUGUGUCGUGUUAAAAUGUACCACAAACGGUAUCCUCGCUCUCUUUUUUUCUUUUUUUUCUUCUUUUCCUUUCUUUGUGAUUUUGGUCCCCACCUCCUUUCCCCCAGUGUGUGCAGUGCUAUGUGUUUUUAACUGUUUCUGAACUUUGCAUAGCAGCAUGUGCUAUGCAAAAAAAAAAAAAAAAAGAAAAGAAGAAGAAGGAAAAAAAAGAAACUUGCAUUCCCCUUGAAUCCUGCAGCCUCCUUUAGGCGACAACUCGAUGCAACGCUUCUACUACAAAAUGCAGAGUUCAUUGUUUAGCAUCACAUUCUUCUGGACGCGCUUCGGGUUUUCAUGAAAAGGAAAGCUUGCCGAUGAACCGUUUUUAUGUUUUGUUUUGUUGUUUUUUUUGACAUUUUUCUUUUCUUAGCAUCACACACCCUGUUGACAAUAUCAUCUCUCAUGCAACCCGAGAAAAGGAUUUACAGGUUCUGCAGAGGCUUUUUUAUUUUUUUUCAUUCUCGGUUCAGUAAUUCUGCUCUCAUUUUAAUCCACUGACCUGCUAACGCCAGUGAUAUGUUCCCUCAGAGCGAAGUGAGAUCAAGUCAUCCUCUUUGAGGUGGGUUCUGAACAAUGUGCCGGGCCACUUUUCUUCCAGAGCGAGGAGGGUGGGGAGGGGGAGGGAGUUGUCUGAAGAUGGAAGCCUCUUCAACAGGACAUGAAUGUACUAGUGUUUGGGCUCGAAAGAGGGCGUGUUUGUCUAAACACUGUUCUCCAUCGUCAUUUAAUUCCCCCCCCCCCUCCCCACCUAGCAAAAAAAAAGCACUAGUUUAUGUGGCCCGUUAUCCCCCCGUUGAGCCAAAGAAUGACCCAAUACCAUCAACUAUCCGUUUUCUCUCCAUGCAAUAACGUCACAUAUACACGUGUGUAAACGGCUUCAGUGAGGAUCAACUUGUAGCUGCCUCUCAGUCCACCCAGACCUCAUCUGUCCGCGAUGACACGGGGGGGAAUACAUGUUUGUCACCAGUGCUGCAUGCAUGUAAGAUGACUCGCACACAGUGCAUCACAUGGUUUUUUUUUUUUUUUUUUUUUUUUAAAUCCUUAACUUAAUACGUAGAAAUUUAAAUUUACAGCAGGAAUUUAUCAGAUGUUAAUUAGUCAGUAAUCUUGCAUCUAAAUCUAUGAUUAGGAUGGAACAGAUGCUUUUAAAAAAAAAAAAACAUUUUAUAACUUUUUUUUUUUCACUGGACCAACAGCAGUCAGAUGUGUUUAGCUCUGUGUCUGGAACAGGAUUUGGCAGGUUUGGGUCUCACACAUGAGGAGAAACACAUCACCAGCUCACAAGUUGUGUCUUAGAGUAAAAAGCUGUCCAGCAUAGCAAAAAGGACUACUAUCAUUAAACUGUCCCACUUUCUUGACGUGCACACACACACACACACACACAGAGAUAUAUAUAUAUACACACACACAUAUACACAUGCAUUAAACACACAAGUUCAAACAUAUUCCACAUUACCAGGUUAAUAUUUGGGGGGGGGGGGGGGGGGGGGGAAACAUCAUCCAGUGUGUAUGAGUUGUGUAAAUGUAAUAGAAAAAAAAGUUAAAAAAAAAAAAAAAAAAAUGCAAGUGAUUGACUAUUAAGAACAAGAUGUAGUGUUAUACAUGUAAAUGUGAUUCAUUAAAAAUAACAGCAAUGGAAAACAUAUUAACUAAUAGGUACCAUAUCGUAUGGAUUUCAUUGCAAUGGAAUUGUCAGUGUAUCAUAAAAGCGUGACGUUAUCCCACGCCGUCAGAUUUGUAUAUGAUGAUGUAAUUUAAAGAUUAUAUUCUAUUGUAACUGUACAACUGUGUUGAGUUGCAAAAAUGAGACCUAACCAUGUUGAGGCAGUAAAAAGGUGUACGUUGUAAAUGCUUUUUUUAAUGUUGAUGAUCUCUUCCUUAUGCACACGGGGGACAGCAGCUCAUGUUGUGGAACCCCUAUAUUAGCGGUCUAGAAGAUGUAUGUUAAUAGUUAGUGAUGUACUUUUAUCUCCUAACUGGUGUAGUGCCUGUUCAUCUUGAUGUAACAAGAAGUUCAUUUAAAUAUGCAUAAAGAUGAUUAUGAUCACAGAUAAUAAUGAUGAUAGUGAUG